UCGGAAUAUCUCUUUCAUCUUCGUUAUUGACAACAAAGGGGAAAUUUGCAUAAUUCUUUUUCAAUUAUCCCCACAAAGAAAUAGGUAAUGGCUAAGUGAUUUCUGUCAGCUUACAGUGAGGUGUUUGUCACUGCAGCAUCAUGGAGGAUGAUCUAUAUUACGGAGAUGGAUUUUCAGAUAUGGCCGAUAUUGAUGAGGAUCUCCUAAGGGCAUAUCUCGAGGGAAAUGAAGUUAACCCAGAAAUUGAAGAGCUCCUUAAAGCAUAUGGCCAAGAAACUCCAGAGGCAUUGUCCCGUGUUACUGUGAAGGAAUUAUGGGAGAAUUGUCUGUCGCCAACAUUUUUCCAGACUGUUGAGAAUCUCUUACCACUUCUUCUGCUCUGUUUUGUCUUUAAACUGAUCUGCUCAUUCUCUAAAUCAGGAUCUGAUGACCAAGAUAUUCCUCCAUGGUUGAUCCAUUUAUCAAGCUUGAUGUUUGGACUACUUGCUCUCCACAUGUUUUUUCAACGUAAUCUCUUCUAUCUGUUACUGUGUAGUGCCCUCGCAUUUGCCGUUCUUGUUAUAACCAAUUGGAGGAACAGAGAUUAUUGCGGCAUCUCACUCUCAAUAUUCAUUAUUGUUUAUAUAGUUGCAUGUGAGUUUCUGAUGGAUAGAAGUGUCUGGCACAGUAUAAGAGGAGCGCAGAUAAUUUUGUCUAUGAAGAUCAUAGGAAUUGCGUUUGACCUCAGUAAUGGAGCGAUGAUUGAGUUUCCGAGUGUAUUUGCCUAUUUUGGAUACAAUUUCUGUGUGGGUACAGUGAUAUUUGGACCAUGGAUUAGCUAUACUGAAUAUAAACAUAUACUGUCACAGCAUAAAAGACCUAUGAGAAUAUUUUGGAUGCUAAAAGUGCUAUUUAGUUUAGUGUGUGCCCUUCUGUGUGUUGUGUGUUCUACAUGCCUUAUCCACUGGCUUAUACUUGACAAUUACUCAAAGUUUAUACCUGAUAGCUACUCUAAAUGGAUAGUUGCUUACAGAGAUGCCCAGUCGUUCAGAUUCAGUCAUUAUUUUGUCAGCUUUCUGUCCGAAGUCACAGUUAUACUGUGUGGCCUUGGUGCUACACAUCUAAAUGAUGAUGUAAGAUGGGACCUGAGAGUGAGUAAGCCGUAUCAUAUAGAGGUGCCAAGAUCAUUAGUAGAGGUUGUCACUAAUUGGAAUCUCCCAAUGCAUACUUGGCUGAAAAAUUAUGUUUUUAAAUCAGCUCGUCCACUAGGAAAUUUUGUAGCAGUUUUUCUUACAUAUAUUGCAAGUGCACUUUUACAUGGUUUAAAUUUUCAACUAGCAGCGGUUUUACUAUCAUUAGGUGUAUAUACUUAUGUAGAAUAUGUAUUUAGAAAUAAAUUAUCUGUUAUAUUCGAUGCAUGUAUAAAAGCGAGACGUUGUAAAGAAGGGUGUGGACAUGCAUAUAAAUAUAGUCAUCCAUAUGUAAUCACAGCUAACUUAAUAUUUGGAAGUGCUGCAGUUUUUCAUUUAGCCUAUCUUGGCCUUAUGUUUGACCACAGUUCUAGCGAAGAAACUGGUUACAGUAUGGAACAUACGCUAGACAAGUGGUCUUCUCUCAACUAUCUUAGUCACUGGGUGAUACUCGGAACAUACCUAUUUCAUCUCAUGAUAUAAUUGGAUUUGAUAAAAGUUGUGACUUUGUCUGUUGUUUGAUUGAACACAAAAUUUUUGACCUUCUGUUUUGUCCAACUUAAGAUCUGCAGACUAUACUUACUCUUCUUCUGUGUGUAUUGAUGUGAUUGGCUAGAACUGACUGGUAUCAUGUGAUCUCUCCUCUGCAUAAUGUGAUUGAAUACAUAAACUUACCUUAUUUUCACCUCUGGUGUAAGUUUAUAGGGUAGACUUUUUAUGAUAUGGCCAUCACUUCUGUUUUCUCAUUGAGUGAAUGUCUCAAAAUUUGUAUCGUGUGAUGUAAAUGUGACACUUUAUAAAUGUAUGUGAUGUAAGUGUUCAUGUGUACAAAAUGUUUAUUGGAUUAAUUAUGUCUCCCACCACACAGUGGUGUGGGAGACAUAUUGAUUUACUCCUGUCUGUGUGUCUGUCUGUCACAAAGCUAGUCUGCACUCUAAGUCGAACAUUUCUCAUCGGAUCUUCACCAAACUUGAACAAAAUGUGUUUGACUAUAAAACCUCAGCUAAGUUUGAUAACUAGCCAAAUUGGCCAAGGAACUUCAGAAUUAUGGCCCUUAAACAUAAUUACCAACAACUACCGGUGCAGCAUUGUAGGCCGGUUACACCACUACCGAUACAGCAUUGUAGACCGAGCCCGGUGCAGCAUUAUAGACCGGUUACUCCAACACUACCAGUACAGCAUUGUAAACUGAUUACUCCAACAUGUGAAUACCAUUAGGCCACAAACAGUAUACAAAGACAGACCUAGUACUCAGAUGAUUAGGCAGUUGUGGGGGACAUGCGCUUUUCUAAAAAGCACCUCUAGUUUCUGUUGAAAUACUUUUUUUGAUAUUUUGAUACUAUUUGCACUGUUUCUUAAGUGUUUCACAGAAACUAUAUUUUGUGCUAUUGUUAAACUGUAUUUACUAUUACUGAGAAUAUUUUAUCUCUAUAGCAUUAUUUACCGUUAUAUAUUUCUACAGUUAUAGACAAGUGCUAGAGUUUAUCUGUUGUUAGAUUUGUUUAUGCACAGACCUAUUUACAGUGUUUUGUGGUAUAUUCUGUCAGUCUGUUUACUAUAAGGGUCUUUCAUUGGUUGAAGGUGCGAAUAGAAAUAUCUGGCUUGAGGGUAACUGUAUAGGCAGUUACGAGGCUCUGCCAAGUUACAACAAAACAGUUACCCCCGAGAGCCAGAUAUUUCCAUCUGCACCUUCAACUAGUGAUGGAUUCUUUUUCUUGCAUGCUGUAUUCUUUAAUUUAUAGAAUAAAUGAAGUAAAAUGAAUGCUUUUCUUUGGAGCACUACUUUAUGAUAGAAGUAUAUAAAUUGACGCAUUUAUUCAUAAAUAAUUCAUAAAUUGCAGCACGAGAGCCCUGGGGUGUAAGACUCGUUUUCCUAGUACCAACAAAAUCUUUGAAAAAUCCUGUCUGGCAUGCAAGAAUAUUUAAUCUUUUUUGUAGUACUAGAGUCAAAAACUUGUUUCUCAGAAAUUCAGAAGUAUGGCACUUUUUAUACUAAGAGUAUUGGACUUUCUUUGCUAAACUUUUGUUUUCGUCCACUUUCCUUGAAUAAGAGCUAUAGAUUUUAAACUUUAAACAUUUAUUUAUCAUCAAGAAUUGAAUAUGGAGGCUGGGGUUCAUAACUCUUUUCUUGCUUAUUGCCUUCCAGCAGGCACUAACAGAAGA